GAGGGGUGGGAGGGAGCGCGCGAGCGGGCAGGCGGGCGAGUAGCGUCUCCACCAGCAUCCGCGGCGGUCGCGUUUGCCCGAAACCCGUAGGCUGACCAACGUCCGGCGGACGGGCUUCGGAGCUCGCCUUGUGCUAGGGGCCAGCCUCAGCGAAGCUCGGGGCUUGCAGCGUGCUUUCCUGCCCGCUCGCGGCCACCCCGGCUCCGGCGGCCUCGGCGCGCGCCAAGGGCUGGAGGUGCGGGAGCCACUCUCCGCUGCUCGGUCCCUGCGCUGCUCAGCCCUGGUUGGGCGCCGCGCCGCGGCCCCGAGCGGCGUCCCCGAUCCCCAGCUUCCCGCCGGCUGCUCCGAGCAACGGUGCGCCGGGGCUCCAAACUCGGGCUGCCGGGGCAAGUGUCUUCAUGAACCCAGAGGAUGUCCGGGAAGCAUUACAAGGGUCCUGAAGUCAGUUGUUGCAUCAAGUAUUUCAUAUUUGGCUUCAAUGUCAUAUUUUGGUUUUUGGGAAUAGCAUUUCUUGGAAUCGGACUCUGGGCGUGGAAUGAAAAAGGAGUUCUGUCCAACAUCUCUUCCAUCACCGAUCUCGGCGGCUUUGACCCGGUUUGGCUCUUCCUCGUGGUGGGAGGAGUGAUGUUCAUCCUGGGAUUUGCUGGGUGCAUUGGAGCUCUGCGAGAAAACACUUUCCUUCUCAAGUUUUUUUCUGUGUUCCUGGGAAUUAUUUUCUUCCUGGAGCUCACUGCUGGGGUUCUGGCAUUUGUUUUCAAAGACUGGAUCAAAGACCAGCUGUAUUUCUUUAUAAACAACAACAUCAGAGCAUACAGGGAUGACAUAGAUUUGCAGAACCUCAUAGACUUCACCCAGGAAUAUUGGCAGUGCUGUGGGGCUUUUGGAGCUGAUGAUUGGAACCUAAAUAUUUACUUCAAUUGCACAGAUUCCAAUGCAAGUCGAGAGCGAUGCGGCGUGCCCUUCUCCUGCUGUACUAAAGACCCCGCGGAAGAUGUCAUCAACACUCAGUGUGGCUAUGAUGCCAGGCAAAAACCAGAAGUCGAUCAGCAGAUUGUAAUCUACACGAAAGGCUGUGUGCCCCAGUUUGAGAAGUGGUUGCAGGACAACUUAACCAUUGUGGCUGGUAUUUUCAUAGGCAUUGCCUUGCUACAGAUCUUCGGGAUCUGCCUGGCCCAGAACCUGGUGAGUGAUAUCGAGGCUGUCAGGGCUAGCUGGUAGAGCACCUGCCACAGCCACUUCCAGACACUGGAUAGACCCAGCCUUCCUGACCCUCCAGUGCACCCACCUGAUACCCAUGCUGCACGGACUCUGAUCUCAGAGGCAUCCCGCAAUCCCAACUGAUGGAGCUGCCAAGAACUUAGUUUUGGUGGGGGAGGUAAAACUGGGAAAUGCUGCUCACUGACAGAAUUAAAAAAUAACCAGUAUGAAAGUC